GCUUCUGAAAACGAUCUGCUAAAUAAGCGCCUGAAGCUUGAUUACGAAGAAAUGACUCCAUAUCUCAAAGAAGUAAUCUCCGUCUGGGAUAAAAUGCUGAACACGCCAGGAAGGUCAAAGAUCAAGUUUGACAUGGAAAAAAUACACUCCGCUGUUGAGAAAGGAGUUCCUCGGCAACAAAGGGGCGAGAUAUGGAAGUUUUUAGCAGAGGUGCACCAACUCAAGCACCCGUUUCCGACGAAGCAGCAGCCAAAGGACACUCCGUACAAAGAACUCUUAAAACAACUGACUUCCCAGCAGCACGCAAUUCUGAUCGAUUUAGGGCGCACUUUUCCGACCCAUCCCUACUUCUCAUCCCAGCUUGGAGCUGGCCAGCUCUCCCUCUAUAAUAUCCUGAAGGCCUACUCCCUCCUGGAUCAAGAAGUAGGCUAUUGCCAAGGCCUCAGUUUUGUGGCCGGAGUGUUGUUACUACACAUGAGUGAAGAAGAAGCCUUCGAGAUGCUGAAGUUCCUGAUGUUUGAUAUGGGCCUUCGGAAGCAAUAUCUACCGGUCAUGAUUCUCCAGAUCCAGAUGUAUCAGCUCUCUCGACUCCUUCACGAUUACCACAGAGAUCUGUACGAUCACUUUGAAGCCAAUGAGAUCAGCCCCAGCCUCUACGCUGCCCCGUGGUUUCUGACCUUGUUUGCGUCUCAGUUUCCCCUGGGGUUUGUCGCUCGGGUGUUCGACUUGAUGUUUCUCCAAGGACCAGACGUUAUAUUUAAAGUGGCUUUAAGUCUUUUGGGAAGCCAUAAGCCUUUGAUUCUGCAGCAUGAAAACCUGGAAACAAUUGUCGACUUCAUUAAAAGUAUUCUUCCCAAUCUGGGCUUGGUACAGAUGGAAAAAACCAUUAACCAGGUAUUUGAGAUGGAUAUUUCCAGACAGCUCCAAGCUUAUGAAGUUGAAUACCAUGUACUUCAGGAUGAAUUAAUCGAUUCUUCUCUCGAUGACAAUCAAAGGAUGGAUAAACUGGAGAAGGCCAACAGUAACUUACGGAAGCAAAACUUCGAUCUCCUUGAGGAGCUCCAGGUGGCUAAUGGGAAGAUCCAAAACCUGCAAGCCAUGGUUGAAGUUCUGCUUAAUAACGAAGGCAAAUUGAACCAGACCAUCGUCACUCUGGAACGGGAGAGGAAAGGAUUGUUAGAAACUCUGAAGGAAUUCCACACGCAGCCAGCAAACUCCGGUGGGAAAACUUGUCCCUCCGAGCAAGGACGCACAAAUGCCACUAACUGAGAUUUUAAGGCUCAGCGUAGGAGGAACUCUUCGAAUUGUCCGUAUCGCCCAUGCCUUACCUGUUCUUCGUCUUCCUUUUUUCUCGAAUCAUGUUGCACACAGGAGGAAAAUGUUACAGUGCUUACUCAACGUGGAAGAUCUUGCUCGUCUACGUCCCAAAUUCUUUCAAAUAAUACAUAGACGGAGUACAACCACAGAAUAAUCUUUAAGCUUUACUACAAGUCGACGCAUUUCCCACCUGGUUGUAAACUUCUGGAGUUCUUCACCUACCUACAGUAACCGCUUCUAAGAGUUUCGCCGUAGUUAACACUGAAAGCGUUUAGGGAAAUUCCAGGCUGCAAACUUCUCAAGGAACUUCAGUUUUAGAAACAUGCUGGAGUGAUUUCUUUCCCAUUUAAGGGGCUAAGGUGUAUUCAUUUAUGACUGAAUUUCUUUCUCCGAAAGUGGGUUCUGCUUACUCACAGUGUGUUUUUAAAACUUGC